GGUGUGCUGAAACGAGACGUUUGUGGUUUGUGUCACAGCUACGCUCUUGUGCAUUUCUGCUUUUCAUUGAGAAGCCAAACCUCUUCAUCAAGAGCAAGAGAGCAAAUGGAACAGAAUAAGACAUGAAGAACCUUGUGUAUGCGAUUAUUUAUGGAUCUAUUAUUGCUCUUGGUUUGCCACUCAAUAUUAUAUCUCUGUGGAUUCUGCUACGUCACCAUGGACGAAAGUCCCCCAGCGCCGUUUUCAUGGCCAACCUGGUGAUAUCAGACCUGCUGCUCAUCCUCUCUCUGUCCAUGAGGGUCUACUUUUAUGCUACGAACAGCUGGCAUCUGGGUGAGAUGUUGUGCGUCUGGUUCACCAUGCUCUUUCGCAACAACAUCCGCACGAGUUCCAUCUUCAUCACCUUUAUCAGUGUGGACCGGCUGCUGGCUGUGGUUUAUCCAUUGAGGUCGAGGCUCAUUCGGACACCACUCAACGCCGUGAAGGGCUCUGUUUUCGUCUGGGUGAUUGUGGUGUUGGUGAAUAUCCCAGAGAGUGUGGGCUUUCUGAGAAGUUUAGAGAAUCAAACAUGUUUUGAUUCUGGGACAGCAAAUAUGACCCAACACAGCAGAACAAAGGACGAGAUACUGGAACUCACAAUUGGUUAUUUCCAACUUGUGCUACUGCUGACCAUGCUGACAAUUAACAUCAUCUCCACAGUUAUGGUGUCCUGUACUCUCCAAAGACAUCUAAGUGAGUCUGCAAUGGUCAAUAACAAGCUGAACGUCAUGCUGAUUUUCGCCAUGAACCUGAUGAUGUUCAUCGUUUUCUUCUUGCCGGUGUCUCUGGUUGUGUUCUUUGAUGACCUGAGGCCCGAGCUGAGCUGCCUCGCAAGUGUGAACUGCUGCCUGGACCCUCUAUUGUAUUACUUUUCUUUUGACGGGUUCUGGAAAAAAAAGGAGGAUGUGGAAACAUCUCUUGCAAGUCGUGCAACAUGAACAGACUGACAGAGAUAAGAUGAAAUAAUUUUUUGUUUUUUGUUUUUAUACUUGUAUCAGUGUGUUUCUUGUUUUAUCUAGUAAAAAUAUAAAAAAGUUAACCAGACAAUGUUUUGGUUGAUUUUUGAAAUUACUCAAUGCUACAUUACUUAAAUAAACUCAUUGAAUUAAUUUAAGUUUUAUUGCUAAUUUCACAUGAAACAAAAGUACAUGCUAGUUUUUAGAAAGUUGUUAGGGAAUGCAUUAAUUUGUUUUAAAGAACAUCUUUUAAUUUUGAAAUGAGUUGAAAUUGUAUUUGCAAAUAGAAAUUUGGUGUAGUUUGACAUCACAGCCAUAGAUUUAUGUAUUGUAUCAUGAUUUUAUCUGAAUUAUGAAGCAUUAGGAAAAGAUGUUUUACAAAUGCAAAGGGUGCCUUUUUUUGGAUUCUGUCGACUUUACUCUGAAAAUCUUAAAUAAAAUACUGAAGAAUAACCCACCUUUAGAAGUCGGCUGAUUAGUAAAUGAAGAAUAAAUAAGGAAAUGCAAACAAACACAACAAAUAGAUCAGAAUAAACAUUUUCAAACUUUCCCUGAACAAAACCUCUAAAAAAUGUAUCUGCAUUUGUGGAUCAGAAGGGAAAUGCAAGCCACAUUUCAGAUUUAUAUUUUUUUCAACAUUGAACAAUCUUAUAUCCUUUUCUUACUUUUUUGGACUGUCACAUGAGAUACCUAUAUAAAACUUUAACUUGUGCAAUUUUCAAAUCUUAUGAUUCAUAAGCUAUGAAUACUUUAUCAAGGCACUGUAUGUUAUAGAAAAAAAAUAAAUGUAAGGUCUAUGUUUGUUGCCGUGAUGAGUUAUUCUUGCCCAUCAGAACAUUACAUGUCUUUUUUUAAGAAUUGUUCCUGUUUAUUCGUCCUUUCUGGCCCUUCUUUUUAAAUAUGCCACGUGCCAAAUAAA